AUGAAGAAAACCAACAUGUGGUUCCUGGAACGGCUUCGGGGUUCGGGUGAAAACGGCGCCACUAGAGGGGACGCUAGUGACAAGGCCUCCAAGGGUCCCCUGUACAGCAACGUGCUCACGCCCGACAAGAUCCCCGACUUCUUCAUCCCCCCGAAGCUGCCCGCCGGCCCUGCCGAGCCCGAGGCCUCCGCCGAGCUGGGCGCAUCCGCCUCGGAGCAGAACCUGGAGACGGCCGCGCCCCGCCGCGCCCCCCGAAGCCCACGGCUCCCCGCCAAGCUAGCGGCCGAGAGCAGGAGCUUGCUGAGGGCGGCCACGCGCCACGUCAUCCAGAUCGAGAGCGCAGACGACGCGCCUGGCGACGAUGCAGCGACGGGCCCCGAACCCCCGGCCCCGGGCACCAGCUCCUUGCCCUCGGUGCCCAAGGCGCAGACCUCGUACGGCUUCGCCACGCUGGCCGAGAGUCCACACACGCGACGCAAGGAGUCCCUGUUUCACAGCGAGCACGGGGCGCUAGCCCAGGUGACCUCGCCUGGCUCUGCGCGUCGCCGGGCGGCCGCCAAGACCAAUGGGGGCAACGGCUCAGCCAGAGAGGGGGGCGCGGCCCUGAUGAGCCCCGGCCGCUACUUCAGCGGCGGCGAGAGCGACACCGGGUCCUCCGCCGAGUCCUCCCCUUUCGGAUCGCCGCUGCUGUCUCGCUCUGUGUCUCUCAUCAAGGGCUUCGCCCAGGACAGCCAGGCCAAGGUGAGCCAGCUAAAGCACUCGGUGGGCCGCCACGGCUCCCUGUCCGCCGACGACAGCACGCCGGACACCAGCCCUGGUGCACGACGUCGCCUGAGCCGCCGCGCCGCCACCCCCGAGCCGGGGCCCGAGCCGCCGCGUGUGGAACAUGCAGUGCGCCUGGGCCCGCGGGGCAGCGUGCGGCUGCUAGCCGAGUAUGAAGCGGCCCAGGCCCGGCUUCGCGUGCGGCUGCUGGCCGCUGAGGGCCUCUAUGACCGCACGUACGACGCGCGCACCAUCAACUGCUGCGUGGGGCUUUGCCUGGUACCCGGUAAGCUGCAAAAACAGCGCAGUACCAUCAUCAAGAACAGCCGCCACCCAGUCUUCAAUGAGGACUUCUUCUUCGACGGGCUGGGGCCGGCCAGCGUCCGCAAGCUGGCGCUCAGGAUCAAGGUGGUCAACAAGGGCAGCAGCCUGAAACGGGACACACUGCUGGGGGAGAAAGAGGUGCCCCUGACCACCUUGCUCCCUUUCUUGUAA